AUGACUUCUGUUAACCAUUCCCGCUAUUCGUUUCCUGACCGUGGUCGGGAAAACCAGGGGAGAUCCGUCUUCUCCAGGGCCGAGAGAGUAGUUUCUCGGGGCGAACUCCCAAGAUUCGACUCCACACUAGUGAUGCGCGGGCCGGCCCGAAACCGCGGCACCCACGGUCUGCCCGCGGGGCGGGACGGUGCGGGUCGGAUCAGAUUAGCUGGUUCUGGAUCUACUCUGUGCUCUGGAAGAGUCGAAAUCUAUCACAACAACACCUGGGGAACAGUCUGUGAUGAUGACUGGGACUUAAACGAUGCUCAGGUGGUGUGCAGACAGUUGGACUGUGGUUCAGCACUGAGUGCCCCUCAGUCGGCCCAUUUUGGUCAAGGAACUGGACAAAUCUGGAUUGAUGAUGUUGCCUGUUCAGGAAAUGAAAGUUCUCUAACUGAGUGUCAGCAUGGAGGAUUUGGGCAACACAACUGUAACCAUGGUGAGGACGCUGGUGUGAUCUGUUCAGGUCGGAUCAGAUUAGCUGGUUCUGGAUCUACUCUGUGCUCUGGAAGAGUUGAAAUCUAUCACAACAACACCUGGGGAACAGUCUGUGAUGAUGGCUGGGACUUAAAUGAUGCUCAGGUGGUGUGCAGACAGUUGGACUGUGGUAUAGCACUGAGUGCCCAUCAGUCGGCCCGCUUUGGUCAAGGAACUGGACAAAUCUGGCUCGAUUAUGUGGCCUGUUCAGGAAAUGAAAGUUCUCUAACUAAGUGUCAGCAUGGAGGAUAUGGACAACACGACUGUAACCACGGUGAGGACGCUGGUGUGAUCUGUUCAGUGCCACUGCAGCAGCCCAGCAUCUCCCUGACAUCUCCUAACAAAGGGCUGGUCUGGAGUCCUGAAGGUGCAGAGAUCACCAAGGGUUACAGCUUUGUCAUCACCUGCUCCAUUAACUCCAGAUAUACAAAAGGCCAUUUCAUUCUCAUCUUCUCUGGCUCCAACAUCACCAACACCAAACCAGCAGUCAACCAGUCAGCCUCCUUUGACUUCCCUGUAGCUGAGUAUGAACACCAGGGAAACUACAGCUGUGUGUAUGAAGUCACACUGUCCUCAAGGAAAUUCACUUCUACUGGGACAGCAGCGAUUAAUGUCACCAUUAAAUUUCCUUUCAUGCCACUGUUCUCUUCAGUUGGCCUGCUGGUGCUGCUGCUGGUCUUGGUGGUGGUCUGCAUGGUGUUCAGAAGAAGACUACGAGAAAUGCAGCAUGGAGCUCUCGUCCAAAUGACUGCCGGGAUCCAUCAUGAACACGAGCAGGAGGAACAUGAUUACAUAAACAUUGAACCAGUGCACUCCGCGCAAACAAGAGGGUUGGAAGAAGAGUGGAGUGAUGAAGAUCACCACUAUGUAAAUGUACAUCGGCCCUUUGCUUAAGAUGCUUCAGACAGUUACUGAGAAGACAGCGAUAUUUAUGAAAACAUUCACAGGGGUUGUCAUGGAUGAAGGAAAACUAAACUAUGCAAACAAUGGUGUCUUCAUAUGUCUGUGUGCAUAAAGAUGUGCCGUUACAUUGUGCAUUUAGUAGA